AUGUCUACUUUUGAACCAGUUGUUGUUAUUGAUGGUAAGGGCCAUUUAUUAGGUCGUUUAGCUUCUAUCGUUGCUAAGCAAUUAUUGAAUGGACAAAAGAUUACCGUCGUUAGAUGUGAAGCCAUGAACAUCUCUGGUGAAUUUUUCAGAAAUAAGUUGAAGUACCACGAUUACUUAAGAAAGGCUACCAGAUAUAACAAGACCAAGGGACCAUUCCACUUCAGAGCCCCAUCCAGAAUUUUCUACAAGGCUAUCAGAGGUAUGAUGCCUCACAAGACUGCUAGAGGUAAGGCUGCCUUAGAAAGACUUAAGGUUUUCGAAGGUGUUCCACCACCAUAUGACAAGAAGAAGAGAGUUGUUGUUCCACAAGCUUUAAGAAUCUUGAGAUUGAAGCCAGGUAGAAAAUACACCACCGUUGGUAGAUUAUCAUCUGCUGUUGGUUGGAAAUACGAAUCUGUUGUUGAUAAGUUAGAAGAAAAGAGAAAGUUACAAAACGCUGAAUACUACGCUAAGAAGAAGGCUUUAGCCAAGAAGGUCAACGCUGCCAAGGCUGCCACUGCCGAAUCUGAUGCUGCUAAGCAAUUAGCUUCAUUCGGAUAUUAG